AACGGGCUCGGCCUGGAAGAACCCCAAAGAAGAAUAACUUUGAAAUAGAUAUCCAACGAACAGAUUGAGUUGGUCCAAUAGGCCAAGAAGUCCUUUGCGCCCAAUAAAAUUCGGCCCAUAAGACUAUUGGGCCAAACCCAGACUGAACUCAAACAGCCCUACAGAGUUCGGGCCGAACACGGGGUUUCUUCAGGUCAUUCGCCCGGGUCCACCGUUUUGGCGGGAAACCGUUGGCUAUGCCCUGGCUUCAUUUCCCGCCAGUCAGACACAGAGUCGCCGCAAAGCGAGAGAGAGAGAGAGAGAGAGAGUUUGAAUCCGGAGAAGUUGUUACUUGUUAGGGCUUCUUUUUCUUAUCUAAUUUUUUCUGGUCUUUACUCGGAAGAUUGUAGGAGCCAUUUGAGAUAAAAAUGGAUAGCUAUGGCGGUGGGUACUUCGUGGACGAGAAAGCAGUUCGCGUCGAGAACAUUUUCCUCGAAUUCCUCAAGAGCUUUAGGCUGGAUCAGACCUCGAGGGAGCCGUUCUACGAAUCAGAGAUUGAAGCCAUGAGACCCAGUGAGUCCAACACCAUGUUCAUUGACUUCUCUCAUGUCAUGCGCUUCAAUGAUCUCCUUCAAAAGGCUAUUUCCGAUGAAUACCUCAGGUUGGAGCCAUACCUGAAGAAUUCCUGCAAGAGAUUUGUGAUGGAACAGAAACCCACGUUCAUCACGGACGACAACCCCAACAAGGACGUAAAUGUUGCCUUCUUUAACCUCCCUUUGUUGAAGAGAUUGAGGGAUUUGGCGACUGCUGACAUUGGAAAAUUGGUAUCUGUGAGUGGAGUUGUCACUCGCACCAGUGAGGUUCGACCUGAGCUCCUCCAGGGAACUUUCAAGUGUCUAGAAUGUGGAAAUGUCAUCAAGAAUGUAGAACAGCAGUUCAAGUACACUGAGCCCAUAAUUUGCAUGAAUGCAACCUGCAACAACAAGGCAAAAUGGGCAUUGCUUAGGCAAGAGAGCAAAUUCGCAGAUUGGCAGAGAGUUAGGAUGCAGGAAACCUCCAAAGAAAUUCCCGCAGGGUCGCUUCCCCGAUCAUUGGACAUCAUCCUUCGCCAUGACAUUGUGGAGCAGGCCAGAGCUGGUGACACGGUCAUAUUUACGGGUACUGUGGUUGUGAUACCAGACAUAAUGGCUUUAGCCUCUCCAGGAGAGAGGGCUGAAUGCCGUCGGGAGGCCUCUCAGCGCAAGGAUACUGCCUCUGGCAACGAAGGUGUCCGAGGUCUUCGAGCAUUGGGAGUGAGAGACCUCUCCUAUCGCCUUGCCUUUAUUGCCAACUCUGUUCAGGUCUCUGAUGGCAGAAGGGACACGGACGUUAGAAAUAGAAAGAAGGAUGCUGAUGACGAGGGUAACCAGCAGUUCACGCCAGAAGAGCUUGAUGAAGUCCAGCAAAUGAGAAAUACUCCUGACUUCUUUAAUAAGCUUGUUGACAGCAUUGCGCCAACUGUUUUUGGCCACCAAGAUAUCAAGAGAGCUAUCCUGCUUAUGCUUUUGGGUGGUGUUCACAAGACCACUCAUGAAGGAAUCAACCUGAGAGGGGACAUCAAUGUCUGUAUUGUUGGCGAUCCCAGCUGUGCAAAGUCUCAGUUCCUCAAGUAUGCUUCGAGUUUAGUUCCAAGAUCUGUCUACACUUCUGGAAAGUCUUCCUCAGCUGCUGGAUUGACUGCAACGGUGGCAAAAGAACCAGAAACUGGGGAGUUUUGUAUCGAGGCAGGCGCACUAAUGCUCGCUGACAAUGGCAUUUGCUGCAUUGAUGAAUUUGACAAGAUGGACAUCAGAGAUCAGGUUGCAAUUCACGAAGCAAUGGAGCAGCAGACGAUAAGCAUAACCAAAGCAGGAAUACAAGCAACACUAAAUGCACGAACAUCAAUUUUGGCUGCAGCCAAUCCCACUGGGGGACGCUAUGACAAAUCAAAACCUCUAAAGUAUAAUGUGGCUCUGCCACCUGCUAUCUUUUCAAGGUUUGAUCUAGUAUACGUUAUGAUUGAUGAUCCAGAUGACCAAACAGAUUACCAUAUCGCUCAUCACAUCGUGAGAGUUCAUCAGAAACGCGAAGAUGCACUUGCUCCUGAAUUCACUACGGUCCAAUUGAAGCGUUACAUUGCAUAUGCCAAAACUCUGAAACCAAAGCUACAUCCAGAAGCCAGGAAAUUACUGGUGGAUUCUUAUGUUGCACUUCGUAGAGGUGAUACAACUCCCGGGAGUAGAGUUGCUUACCGUAUGACAGUAAGGCAGCUGGAGGCAUUGAUCAGGCUUUCAGAGGCCAUUGCUCGAAGUUAUCUGGAUGUUCAGGUGCACCCUCGCCAUGUACGUGUUGCUGUUAGACUGCUGAAAACGUCAAUAAUAAGUGUGGAGUCAAGCGAGAUUGACCUGUCUGAAUUUCAAGAAGAGAAUCGUGAUGACGGUGGCGCUGAAAAUAAUGGAGCUGGUCAAGAUGAAGCUCAUCCAAGUAGUGCUGCACCUGAACCAGCUUCAGGGAAUCCAGAAAGUGGAGCAGAGCCUGCAAAUCGACAAGGAAAGAAGCUUGUAAUAAGCGAUGAAUAUUUUCAGAGGGUCACUCAAGCCCUUGUCAUGCGACUUAGACAGCAUGAAGAAACUGUAUCCAGAGAAGGGACUGGGCUGGCUGGAAUGAGACAGAGGGAUUUAAUACAAUGGUAUGUGAGUCAACAGAAUGAGAAAAAUAACUACACUUCCAUGGAGGAGGCUGCAACUGAAGUUUCAAAAGUCAAAGCUAUCAUAGAGAGUUUGGUAAGAAGGGAAGGGCAUCUGAUAGUGGUGGAUGAUGGUAUGCAAGCAGCAGCAGAGGCAAGUGACAACAAUGCUAGGCAGUCUUCGUCUAGAAACGACAGGAUUCUGGCUGUAGCGCCGAAUUAUGUGGUAGAUUAAUUCAAGGAAAAUGAUUUUACUGAUGGAAUCCAACACCCAUAUCCAGGGCUUCCAUUCUCAAUGUGAUUUCAAUGUUAACUCUGUAGCCAAAGUCAAGUAUUAUGUGGUUCAAUUGUAACAUGUCUUAAACAAAGUGAUGGUCUGGUGUGGAAUCCAUGUGAGCUUUGGUUUGGUGAUAUGCCAAGAAGCCACUAAUGUAACAUGUCUUAAACAAAGUGAUGGUCUGGUGUGGAAUCCAUUGGAGCUUUGGUUUGGUGAUAUGCCAAGAAGCCACUAAUGACCUCAUUGGUUGUAAAGUGCAAGGUUUAAUUACGCAACUGCUAUUUAUUGUUUCCUAUCUUUUAAUGUAGAACUAGGCAAGAUAUAA